CCAAUCUUUCGACAUUUAUUAUUUCCGUCGGAAUGAAUUUGGCCACCUCGUUCAUCCUCACCUUGCACGAUGAGCACGACGGCGAGCAGGGACAAGGGCAAAGCAAGGGAUGCAUCUCAUCUCAAUUGCCAGCGAUGUAACCAACCGAUCCUUCUCGACCCGGCUAUAGCCAACCUCAGUCCAUCGACGUUUUCGCUCAUCACGUCUGCUCUUCCAUCCACUUCAUCUCAGUCUGCGUUGUCUCCCGCCGACAAGCUAGCAGCUCUGCCUCCGGCCUCUCAGCCAGGUGCCAGGAUUUGGGCAGCAGCGAAUGGGUUUGCGAGCCGACAUCAAGCGCAUCACAAUGUCGCCGAGUCCUUCGUCCUCUUGUCCGACUCUGUCAUGCAUCCGACCCCGAGUCUGUCAGCCGGGCCAUCAUCGGGUCAGAAUCCCAGCCCGGCGCUGGCAGCCAACCUCCACGCGAUACUCUCCUCGCGGACACCGAUAUCUCAUCCGCUGUGUACCGAGUGCACUGCCAUGCUUCAGUCUGAGUUACAGAGAGAGCUGGAAGAGUUGACAAGGGAGAGGGAUGCGUAUCUGGCAUUUGAGAAGGGAAUCGCGAAGAAUAGAGACUCGUUGAGGUCGAGGCGGCGAGCCGAAUCGGAAACGCUUGGCGAACAUGACCUCGAAGGGACAGAGGAAGAAUGGCAAGCUCUGCAUCGCAGGAAAAGAGAAUUAGACGGGGAGGAGGAGGCGCUGAAGAAGGUUCUAGUGGAGAAGGAGAAACAACUGGCCAAGAUGCGGCAAGAGGAGGAGAGAGUUAAGUUGGAGGAAGAGGAGAUGAAGAGGGAAGAAGACGCGUUUCUCCUUCGUCACUCUGCCCUCCAUUCGGAACGAAAAGCUCUGGUUAAUAAGCUCCACUCUGCUCGGACCCAUCUGUUGCUCUCUCAACGCUUGCUACAUCAUUUAGAAACCACCAACGUCUACAACGACGCCUUUCAGAUCGGUCAUGUCCCAGAUGCUUCGGGGAAGAAUGGCCUGACAGUGGGUACGAUCAAUGGACUGCGGCUGGGUGGUCGGCCAAUGGCGGACUGGGAUGAGAUCAACGCAGCAUGGGGCCUGGUCGCUCUGUGCAUCGAUCGUAUCGCGGUGAAAGUGGGCUGUACAUUUGAGCGAUACAAGAUCAUGCCAUUGGCUUCAUUCUCUCGGAUCGAAGAGCUGCCGCCCAAUAAGGCGGUGUACGAGUUGUACGCCUCGUCGGAUUUAUCACCUGCCAGGUUGCUGCAAAACCGACGGUUUAACUACGGUUUAGUGGCGUUACUCGACGUCCUGAAGCAGCUCGUGGAUUUCGGUCGGCAUCACGACAGAGGAUGGGGAGUGGGGAAUAUUGAGAUCCGAAAAGAUCGUAUCAAUGGUCACUCGAUCCGAUUACCAGGAAUAUCCGCCAUGCAAAUGCCCGCUCUACCGUCGAUGUCUAUCAUGGGUCUCGGUGCAACUCUGUCUACAGAGACCAACGAUGGAUCAGGUGAUGAACAAUGGACGAAAGCUUGUCGAGGUGUCUUGGCAGUGUUGAAGAGGAUUUUGGUGGUAGAGAGCGAAGCGGAUAGAGCGGGAAGGGCGUGAUUAGAAUCCGCUACUGGACGGGUCCCCAGAUGCCAUUGACAAGCUCUUCGACCAUGCUCCACGCCUUGUAGAUCCUCCACUGUUCGUCAAAUUCGUAAAAGAUGAUCUCCCGUAGGUGUCUCUGGCCUGCUGUGAUGCUCAACCUCGAGGCGACUUUACGAUCCUGCACAUCUGUCAUCAGAUCAUCCACCUCGAACGUGGUGUGCGGCCAGACGAGCUUGCAAUAUCCAUCUGGAUCCAGUUGCCUCCCGGUGUGCAGUAUGUGAGAAGCAAGGUAUUUCUCCUUGAGAAGGUCAAAGUCGCCUUUGUUCAGCGUCGAGAUGUAUGCUCGAUAGUGGGCUUCGAGGUCACUGGCAGGGGACAUGGUCAAAUGAUAAGAGUGG